AUGACAACCGGAAUCGAUGAUUUGCCUGAGAAAUAUGAAGAUCUCCCCAACAAGAGACAAUACUGGCCGGCAGCCGCUGGAUCUCCGGAAGAGGGACUAGGCAUGCUUCGCAUCCUGACUCCGGAGAUUGUAGCGGACGCCGCGCGCACACAGAUUCAAACCGGGCUGAGAGUUUGUUUAAACUGGGACUUGGAACAGUUGGAUACACCAGGAUUCCGCCGAAAGCCCUUCGAACAUCGCAUCAAAUGGGUGGCUCCCGGUAUCGCGUUCGACGAUGAGUAUCAUUUCAACCCACAACAAUCGUCCCAGUGGGAUGGACUCCGACACCAUAGUGCACCUGCCCCGACGCCCGAGGAUCAAGCUCGCCGCGUAUUCUACGGUGGUACUACAGCAGAAGAAAUUCAGGACUCGAACUCAUCGCGUAUUGGUAUUGGGUACUGGGCUAAGAAGGGAAUCGCUGGUCGGGGCGUCUUGAUUGACUACUUAUCCUGGGCCGAGAAGAAGGGCAUUACCGUAAAUGGACUCAGCCAGCAUGUGGUACCUCUGGACGACGUGUUAGCCAUCGCACGCGAAUGUAACAUCGAGUUCCAACGAGGAGACAUCUUCUUUCUCCGCGUGGGCCUCACAAAGACCUGGUACUCCAUGAGCGACGCCCAGAAGCAGGAAUACAGCCAGCAAACGGUGCCCAAGCAUGCGGGGCUUGAGCAGAGUGAGAAUGUACUUCGGUUUAUGUGGGAUAACCACUUUGCAGCGGUGGCAUCCGAUGCGGUUAGUUUCGAGGUCUUCCCGCCCCUCAACCCCGAGUUUGAUCUGCAUCAUCAUAUGCUUGCCGGUUGGGGAUUACCGAUCGGCGAGAUGUUCGACCUGGAGGAGUUGGCGGAGACUUGCAAGCAACUGGGGCGCUGGACGUUCUUUAUUUCCAGUAGUCCACUGAAUUGUGCCAAUGGCGUUUCGAGCCCACCUAAUUUCUCAUCAAUUAUGACCUGGAAAACCCUAGCACUAGUUCUGGCAGUGAUCAAUCUGAAAAACCUCCCACUUGUCUGGCACUUCCGCAUUCUCCACCACCUCUGGUGGAACAUCCGGCGCAAGCCCGGAGAUCCCCAUUUCCCACGGGGCAAAGCACUAGUAACACACACGGGGAAGCCAACGCACCCAGUGUUCGUGCCAUACGCCAUUACAUCACGCACACCUAUUCUAGAAACAGACUACAACUUCCACAAGUCCAACAGCACAUAUUUCUCCGACCUGGACAUCUCGCGGACGGCGCUCGUCACGCGACUCUACACGCCGGGGCUCAGAGUCGUGAGCAAGGAGCUCGAUGUCGAGCUCGGCGAUGCUGCGCGGCGGGAGGGGAAGAACCCGCCUGCGCACAAGAAUAUGUACGUUGCGCUUGGGUCGGUGUUUUGUUCUUUUAAGAGGGAGAUUAAGCCCUUUGAGCUUUAUGAGAUUGAGACCAAGGUGAUCGCGUGGGAUCAGAAGUGGAUGUAUGUUUUGAGUUUCUUUCUUCGGCCUGCGAAGGCCGGGGGGAAGAGAUUGCUUUUUGCUACGGCGGUUAGCAAGUAUGUGGUUAAGAAGGGACGGCUUACGGUUCCCCCGGAGAGGGUCCUCAGGGCUAGUGGGUUUUUGCCGGAGCGUCCGGAGGGGGAUGUCUUAGUAGUUCCAGAUAGUUCGGUCGAGGGGUCGGGGGUUGGGACGCCCGUUGGGGAAGGCAUUACGGCUACGGCUGGGGUUGAUGGGACGUUGGUAAGGGAGGUUCUAAAGGUUAGUGAGGGUGAUAUUCCUGAGACGAAGUUGGAGGAGGAGGAGAAGAAGAAGGCAAAUGCAGAGUCGUGGAAUGUGAGUGAGUGGACUUGGGAGAUGAUUGAAGAGGAGAGACGACGCGGGUUGGAGGUGGUGGAGGGUUAUAUCAAUAUGGAUGCGAAGCUACAUGAUGAGUGGGAGCGGUGA